UGCUGGGCGUGCUUUCUAGGACCUUCCACACCCCUCCCCCCACCCAUCCGUGCCUGAGGAUGGCUGUCGCUGGUACUCGAGUUCCCCUCCGAGGCCGCGGACCUCUCCAGCCUUCCCAUCUUAGUUCGACCCCAGCAUCCCCGCCCACCAGGCCCACUCCUGCCAAAGGGGCGCGUGCCAUCUCAGCACAGGUGGGCACUGACCGAGUCCCUGGUCCGAGAAGAUCCGGUCUUUUCCCAGGGUGAUCAACAUGCUUCGCUUCCUGGUGCCCCGGCUGCUCUGUCUCCAGGGCAGGGCUGCCCAGUACUCUUCGGCGGCCGCCCUCCCGAGCCCAGUCCUGAACCCAGACAUCCGCUACAGCCAGCUGUUUAUCAAUAAUGAAUGGCGAGAUGCAGUCAGCAAGAAGACCUUCCCCACAGUGAACCCCACCACAGGUGAGGUCAUUGGGCAUGUGGCUGAAGGGGACAGGGCUGAUGUGGACCUGGCCGUGAAAGCAGCCAGAGAGGCCUUCCGCCUGGGGUCCCCGUGGCGCCGGAUGGAUGCCUCCGAGCGGGGCCGGCUGUUGAACCGCCUGGCCGACCUCGUGGAGAGGGAUCGAGUCUACCUGGCCUCACUGGAGACCUUGGACAAUGGGAAGCCUUUCCAGGAGUCUUACGCCUUGGACCUGGAUGAGGUCAUCAAAGUGUAUCGCUACUUUGCUGGCUGGGCUGACAAGUGGCAUGGGAAGACCAUCCCCAUGGACGGUGAACAUUUCUGCUUCACCCGACAUGAGCCUGUGGGUGUCUGUGGCCAGAUAAUCCCCUGGAACUUCCCUUUGGUCAUGCAGGGCUGGAAGCUCGCCCCAGCGCUCGCCACAGGCAACACCGUGGUCAUGAAGGUGGCAGAGCAGACCCCACUUUCUGCCCUGUACUUGGCCUCCCUCAUCCAGGAGGCCGGCUUUCCCCCGGGCGUAGUGAACAUCAUUACAGGCUACGGCCCCACGGCAGGAGCGGCCAUCGCCCAGCACAUGGAUGUGGAUAAAGUGGCUUUCACGGGCUCCACAGAAGUGGGUCACCUGAUCCAGAAAGCCGCUGGCGACUCCAACCUCAAGAGAGUCACCCUGGAGCUGGGCGGGAAGAGCCCCAGCAUCGUGCUGGCCGACGCCGACCUGGCUCACGCCGUAGAGCAGUGUCACGAGGCUCUCUUCUUCAACAUGGGCCAGUGCUGCUGCGCGGGCUCCCGGACCUUCGUGGAAGAAUCCAUCUAUGAUGAGUUUCUUGAGAGAACUGUGGAGAAAGCCAAGCAGAGGAAAGUGGGGGACCCUUUUGAGCUGGACACCCAACAGGGGCCCCAGGUGGACAAGGAGCAGUUUGAUCGGAUCCUGGGCUACAUUAAGCUUGGCCAGAAGGAGGGCGCAAGACUUCUGUGCGGCGGAGAGCGCUUUGGGGAGCGCGGCUUCUUCAUCAAGCCCACGGUCUUUGGGGGUGUGCAGGAUGACAUGAGGAUCGCAAAGGAGGAGAUCUUUGGACCUGUGCAGCCCCUGUUCAAGUUCAAGAAGAUCGAGGAAGUGAUCGAGAGGGCCAACAACACCAGGUACGGCCUGGCAGCUGCUGUGUUCACCCAAGACCUGGACAGAGCCAUGUAUCUCACCCAAGCCCUGCAGGCUGGCACAGUGUGGGUGAACACCUACAACAUCGUCACCUGCCACACACCAUUUGGAGGCUUUAAGGAGUCUGGCAAUGGGAGGGAGCUAGGGGAAGACGGGCUUAGAGCCUACACGGAGGUGAAAACAGUCACCAUCAAGGUGCCUGAGAAAAACUCCUGAGGAGUGAGCCCCGGAAGUCCCACCCAGUGCUUCGAUACCACAGCCACCCCACCCAGUGGAUGCCAAGUUAAUUUUAGCCAGAAUUACAAACGAACUCUCAGAUGGAACCUCAACAAAUAAAGCAAUGAAAUCAGAGCUGUUCUAAUUAAAGCAGGGACGGUGGCCGGGCCCAGGGAGCUCUCCCCAUUCCUUUCUUGCCUUGCUAAUGACCUUUGAGUUCUCUCCAUGCAACCUCAGGAGUCUCUGAGAGAUGUAUUAAAAGCCACUGACUCAGCACUCGGGAGGCAGACAUAGGAGGGUGGCUGUGAGUUCAAGGCCACCCUGAGACUACAUCGUGAAAUCCAGGUCAGCCUGAGCUGACCCUGUCUCAAAAAAAAAAAAGGAAUGAUGUACUGAUCCAUGCUGCAACAUGAGUGAGCCUUGUAAACAGCAUGCUAAGGGAAAGGAGCCAGCCACACAAGGCUGUGGAUUGAUGACAUUUCACAGAUUUGAACUUUCCAGACCAAGCAAAUCUAUAGCGGUAGAAAACAGAUCAGUGAUUGCCAGGACCUGGGGGAGGACGGAUGGGGAAUGGCUGCUAAUAAAUAGUGGAGGCUUUGAGGGAGGUUUUUAAACUGUUCUGGAUUUAGACUGCAGUGAAAGGUGCACAACUUGGGAAACGUGCUAAUUGGCUGGAGAGCUGGCUUAGCAGUUAAGGCACAUGCCUGUGAAGCCUAAGGACCCAGGUUCGAUUCUCCAGGUCCCACAUAAGCCAGAUGCACAUGGUACUACAUACAUCUGGAGUUCAUUUGCAGGGGCCAGAGGCCCUGGCACACCCGUUCUCUCUUUCUAUCUCUCUCCCCCUCUGUCUCAAAUAAAUAAUUUACAAAUCUUUUUUUUUUUAAAAAGAAAAUGUACUAGUUGACUACUAGAACUGUAUACUUUAAUUAUGAUACACGAAUUAAUUUCAGUUUAAAAUGAAAAUAAACUCUGCAUUCUAUUUA